CGUCGCCUCGGUGAGGUAACAACAAACAUGGCGGCGCUCGGUGGCACGGCGCGGCGGCUCUUCCGCAGCUACUCGCGGGUGAAAAAUGUGCAAAAAGGCAAACACGCGUCGGUCGGAAGUGUCGUGAGGACGCUGUGCAGCGGCGCACAGGACAGAGGCCUCUCGGACGUCGCAAAGCCCCAGUUCACAGAUCCAGCGGUGCAGGACAUCCUCACCAGGAUCACGGGCCUGGACCUGCAGAAGGUGUUCCGACCCAUUCAGCAGGAGCUCAAGCCGCCCACGUACAAGCUCAUGACGGACGAGCAACUGGAGGAGGCGCUGACGGUGGCCACGGAGCGGGCGAAGCAGCUGCUGCAGAUGCCCCCCGUCCUACCGGAGAGGAAGCCCAUCGACGACGUGCUCUCUGAGGACAAGAUCCUGGAUGGCAUGGACACGGCGAAAUACGCCUUCACAGACAUCACGUACAACAUCCCGCACAGGGAGCGGUUCAUCGUUGUGCGGGAGCCUAACGGGAUUCUCCGGAAGGCGACCUGGGAGGAGAGGGACCGGCUCGUUCAGGUCUACUUUCCAAAGGAAGGACGCAAGCUCACAGCACACCUUCUCUUCAAGGAAGAGAAUCUCAAGUUGGUGUUUUCUCAGGACCGGCACGAGGACGUGUUGAACCUGUGUCUGGUCCAGUUUGAACCAGACUCCGCAGAAUACAUCAAGAUACAUACAGCCACAUACGAGGAUGUGGACAAGCACGGAAAAUACGAGUUGCUGCACUCCACCCGGCACUUCGGCGGCUUGGCCUGGUACCUGGUCAACGCCCGCAGGGGAGACGGGCUCAUGGUGGACAUGCUGAAGAGAGAGCUGUUCCAGGAUGCUGUGAGCCUUGUGUCUCUGUUCCACAUGGUCCACCCGCACAGCGAGUCGGCCCAGGAAGCCGCCAGCCAACAGGCCACCGGUACCGACCUGCUUAAGAUCUACGCCCAGAAGGAGUCGCAGAGGUCGGGCUACAUUGAGCUGGCCCUGCAGGCCUACGAAGAAGCGGCUGCUCAAGAGUCUGCUGCCUGACAGACAGACUGCCCCCACAGUAGAAAUAUACAAAUUCAACGACGAGGAUCAGGACUUUCACUUCCUGAAAGACGGACAGACUGAAACUUGUAUUUAAGACAUGACAGAAUUCAAUGUUCUUUCAAUAAUAUGUAACAUGUGCUUCUUGUCUACGAGGAAAGCUAUUCACUUCUCAGCCGUCGAUUUUUAGAACUGGCUUUGAAACAUACUGUACAAUUCACAAAGUUUGUCAUUUAUUCACGUAUAACAAUUAUCUGUGUGUGUACUAUAUUUGGAGCUUUGAGUGUUGAACGAUGUACAUAACAAAAAUAAAGCGGCAUCUUUGUACA